AUGGGCGCCGCCGGCUCGUGGGCCCCGCGCCGCCUGGGCCUCCCCGCGCCCUCCCGGCCCGCCUGGCUGGCGGGGGCGGCGCUCGGCCUGGCCGCCGCGGCGCUGGGGACGGUGGCCUGGCGGCGCGCGCGGUCCCGGCGGCGCGGGCGGCUGCGGCAGGUGGGCACCGUGGCGCAGCUCUGGAUCUACCCGGUCAAGUCGUGCAAGGGCGUGCGGGUGAGCGCGGCGGAGUGCACGGCCCUGGGGCUGCGCUGCGGGCACCUGCGGGACAGGUUUUGGCUGGUGAUUAAGGAAGAUGGGCACAUGGUCACCGCCCGGCAGGAGCCUCGCCUGGUGCUGGUGUCCAUCACCUGUGAGGGCGAGUGCCUGAUGCUCAAGGCUCCGGGCAUGGACCAGCUGGUUUUGCCGAGCAAGCUGCCUCCCUCAAACAAGGUCCACGAUUGCAGGCUGUUCGGCAUGGACAUUAAGGGCAGGGAUUGUGGCGACGAGGCAGCUCAGUGGUUCACCAGCUUCUUGAAAACAGAAGCUUUCAGGCUGGUUCAGUUUGAGAAGCACAUGAAGGGAAGACCAUCGAAGGAAAUUUUCUCUCCUGUGGUACCGAAUUACCAGGUGGCCUACCCAGACUGCAGCCCCAUCAUGAUCCUCUCCGAAGCCUCCCUGGCGGAUCUGAAUACCAGGCUGGAGAAGAAAGUGAAAAUGGACCAGUUCAGACCCAAUAUUGUGGUGACAGGCUGUGAUGCUUUCGAGGAGGACACCUGGGAUGAGCUCCUCAUUGGCAACGUAGAAAUGAAAAAGGUUUUGUCUUGCCCCAGGUGCAUCUUGACCACCGUAGACCCAGAUACUGGAAUCAUAGACAGGAAGGAGCCCCUGGAAACCCUGAAGAGUUACCGCCUGUGUGAUCCUUCGGAGAAGCAAAUAUACAAGUCAUCCCCACUCUUUGGGAUCUAUUAUUCAGUGGAGAAAAUUGGCAGCUUGCAAGUUGGUGACCCGGUGUAUCGGAUGGUUCCAUGACGUGGUAUGGUUUCAGCGUCCGGGAGGCUUUCAUUAGGACUUUUGCCGAAAGCAGCAACACCAACCACCUCGGCGCCGCCUUGCUAACCAGCCUUUGGCCACCUUCACCCCAGAAAUGAAUCUCUGUUUUUAAUUUUUUGAAAUUACUCAUGCUCCCAGUUAAUGCAGAGAAUUAGAGGUGAUCCAGAAAUAAGAAGGUAUAUAGAUUUUAGGUAAUGAGAACUUUUGAAAUAAAACUGCCUAUGAAAUUGUUGUGAAUGUUACUACAGCGAUCAUACUUCUCAACGCCUGAUGUUAAUGUUGAUGAGUAAAGAAAGCUUAAAUAAUCAGUUAAAAAGCUGCAAAAUUUUUUCUGACUUUAUAUUUGAUUACCUGUCAUUCAUGUUUUUAGGGGAAAUGGGAAACGAGAUUACUGUUUUCUAGUUUGCUUUUUACAUGUAAACAGAUUCCUGUUGUUGAUCUUUACAUGACUGUUGAAUCCUAUAACUUUUUUUUUUGCUCAUAUGUUUUGGGAUCAGGUUAUACUUGAGUAUGGAAGUUAUUUUUUAGAUCUUGUUUUUAUGUUUGAUUAAACUUCUAUUAAGCCAUAUGGAAGUAAUCUGUGUGUAACUGCCAGAUACGCCAACUGGAAUUCCAAGUAUGAUGAAGAAAAAAUGAGAUUUUAAAAAGAAUGGAAUUUUGAGAGCAGGAGGGAGAAGGAUGAAAGCACGGGAGCAUUUUUUUAAGUGCAAAUAAUUUUUUUUUUUUUUUUUUUUUGUAACCAAGAGCAAUGAGCUAUUUUGGUAUGACUAAACAAAAAUCCUCACUGAAGAAAUACAUGGAUGAAUUAACCCACUUCUAAUUUUUGUGGUUUCUUUAAUAUCAAUAAAUGUGAAUCUCAAUUGUA